ACGCUUCCGGACAUUAAGUUCAAACAGUUCCAGCAAACUCCGAUCGCGCUCUUCGAGCGAAUGCCUGCAGAGCUUCAUCGACGGCGAUAGUCAGCUUUAAAGUUGUUUGUUCCUUGCACAGAGCUGCCAGCACGUGGACCACCAUCGUGGCGUGGUUUAACGUCAACAGGUAUGAAAAUUGCAGUGGAUAUAUGACGCACAUUGCACGGCGGACGAGCGAGCAAGUGUGCAUCGGUGGGGGUUUGAAAGAAAAAAACACACACACAACGCUACUCGCGUUGCCUUGUCGUGCUGGUGCAUCGUCGCCGUCAGCCCGGUACAAGAUCGAAAGUUGUACUACGGCUGGUGGCUGCUAGAGGCAGGAAUCAUUCGUAUCUGUGGUAUCGAACGUGAGCGUCACGCACGGCGGAUCGUACGGUCGGUUCGGAUGUGUAGCGCCAGUCAACACUCAAUCAAUCACUCUGUACAUCCAUCUCGAUCAAUCACAAUCAACCUGACGCGGUGGUCCUGCCAGUGACUUCUAAAUUCGACGAGUCCUCAGGACUAAUUCUGAACGAUGGCUAGCUGCUGUCGGUGGUAUCUGGUGGUUGGUUUGGGCCUAGGUACGGCAGCAACCGGAUUAAUAUUUCUACUAGCGUGGCGUGACAUAUUCGACAUACUUGUGGCAGAGGAGAAGUCUCUACUGCCGGGUUCAGCACUCUACAAAGAAUGGAGACGCCCGACGAUCCGGCCUCGAUGGGAGUUUUACGCGUAUAACUGGAGCAAUGCUGAGGCAUUCCUGAGCGUUCCGCAGAAGGCUUCUUCGGCAAGCUUUGAGGAGCUGGGUCCUUACAUUUACGAUGAAUACACCGAAGUCGUGGACGUGAAGUUUCAUCAAGCGAAUGGGACGCUGUCCUACCGCAAGCGUACCUUCUUCCGGCAGAGUGAUGUGACGGUGCCGGUGGAGAUCACCAGCGUAAACUUCGUGGCCCUGCUCGCGUCCCAUCUCGCCCGAACCAUGCACUACUCCGUCCAGCGGGAGUUAUCCUUGUUGCUGCACAGCUACGGUCAAGGUGUUACCGUGUCCAGACCGGUUGGGCAGUUGCUGUUUACCGGCCAGCGGGAACCAAUGUUGGAGCAGAUGCGGAAACUGCUCUGCACCGGGAAGAACGUCAGUGUGCCGUGUCCGGACGAACGGUUGGCUUACUUCCGUACGUUUAACGUGAGUCGCCGACCGAGCGAGAUGUACAGCAUGGACGUUGGUGUUCAGGAUCGUGCCAGCUACGGAAUAGUACGUUCCUGGGGUUCGCUUGCGAGUCCUGCCGGGCACGCACAGUUCCGACCCUGUGAUGGGUUUGCUGAUCUUACCGGGGAUCUGUUUCCUUCCCGCAUUGAUCGCCAUAAACCGAUCACCAUCGUCCUGCCGGAACUUUGUCGAAGACUAACGCUUGAGUUUGAUCGUGAACAGCUUGUUGAUGGGAUCGUAGGAUAUCGCUACACCGUCCGCAUGGUACGUCCGUUUAAUGGCGAAAUGACAGAACCAACCGGGAUGAACAGUUGUCCGGAUGUCUCCAUUCGGUUGGGCCGCUACGGUAUACUGAACUCGAACGAAUGCAACGGUCUACCGGUGUUCGAAGCGGACCCGAACUCCGACCAACCUGCGGACGAUAAACGCCAACUAUACUUCAUCCUAGAACCGACGACUGGCACCGUACUGGAGUCGUACAUUGGACUUACCUACCACACGGUUCUACGCCCGAACGAACACAUCGCACUGUUUCAGAACGUACCGGAGCUUCGGAUACCGCUGUUCCGCUUCGUGCGCCACAUUCAACUGAGUGAGAUGAAGUCGGCAAAGCUGAAACAGCUACUGCACCUGCUGGACGUUGGCCAUCAGGCAGCUCUGGGCGGUUGCAUUUCGGGCCUAACCAUCGUGUUGUUAACCGUACUGUACGCUUGCUGGUGGUCACGUAAGCCCAGCAAAAAUCGUAACGAUGAGUAUAGCAUCAUCGGGAUGCAGCUGAGCAAUGGUGAACGGGACACUCCAUUUGUGAAAUAAACAUUAAACAUAUGAGGAAAGGAAAACGUACCAGCAAGCCGUUAGAAUUUUAAAUACAAAAUCGAGCUAAACAAAAGUCGACGAAAGCUCGCUGGAUAAGCUUUUACUGCUAUUCGAGUUUGGUGAAACUUUCAUAAUUCGAGCAAAAAGCUUUGCAAGCUUCGCACUGUUCGAGCAAAUGGUGAGUGAGAAUCGACCAGUUACGUACAGUGAUGGGCAUUAGAAUAAGACAACAUUGAUAUCUAAUUUUCUAACUACAGCCAGUUCCCUCAUAACGUGAUUGUCAACUUACUCAAUUUCAAAAACACGCCAAUUUGAAAGUGUUAUAAUUCUAAGAAUAAAAAAAUUAAAUAAUCCAU